CAGCUACGGCGGCGGCCGUAGGACGUACAGUGCGCGCGCACCUCGCCAUGCGCACACGCUCGACACAUGGCGCGUCGCCUGGCGCUGCUGACGCUGCUGGCGUGCGCGGCGGCCGUCCGCCGCCCGCCGAGGCACUCCGCAGACAUCUCCGAUUCCGAAUCCCUAGACCCUUUUUCCGUGUGGGACGAAUACGAAGACUCGUACGAAACCACCCCUGUGCCGCGAACGCGCACCACCACACUUAGUGCUAAAGUGUUGUUAAAGGGGAAAAUCCCCAAAGUGAACGUGACUAUGAAAAACACUAAAGGUGAAGAAAAAAAAGUAAUCAAAACCACUAAUAUUAAUAUAGAAAGUCAUACUAAUUUUAUAGUUACUAAACCACCGCAACUAAAGCCCGAUUCAGCAACGGGGCUCCCAGUUCUUCAAAUAGGUGACCAGUAUGUAUUGGUGGAAUCUCCUGAUUUGGAGCAAGUGUCUCGGACGACUACAAGACGUCCGUCAACGACACGGCGACCAGGUCGGAAACCGAGCACAACUCGACGACCAUCAACUACGCCACGGCGCUCCACCACACGUCCCAUGAGACGCACUCAGAAGACAACAAAAUCACCUCACUCUAAGAAAACUACUUGUCCUCCUAAGUAUUCAGGAUGGCUGUCAUCGUUUUUCGAAGAAAACAAAUUAAAAAAGGUUCCCGAGAGACCAGGAAAAGCAGGUUGGUUAGUAGGUAUUUUUUCAACAAUAUACAAUUGGAUAGUGGAAUCCAAAUCGUCGUGGUUCGAUGGAAGCUGGUUCUCUGACGAAGUGACGCCAAAGAAACCGAUACAGACAACGACUACAGUUCGCCCCCUGACGGCUGCACCGGGCAGCUGGUUCCAAACACUCCUGGAUAGUGAAGACAGCGAUGGAGCAUACGUCACCAACAAUGCCCCUAUUAAAAAGUCUGCAAAGAAGGCGUUAAAGAAGACCUACAAAGGAUUCCAGCUUUUAAGAACAUAUCCCGACGUUCAAUGGAAGGUGCACGAAAUGUUGGACUUGCAGGAGGAGGCCCAGGGUUCGGGACUUAUGUGGUGGACACCACCCUCACUUAAUGGCUCCACAGACUUGCUUGUUCCACCUGAUUUGCUCUCAGACGUGAAAGAUCAUCUCAAAACAAACAAAAUCGACUACGAUAUUAUUAUUUGGGACUUACAGAAAGCGAUAACCUACGAAAAUCCUCGGCUGUCAAAGAAACAAAGACUUGAGUUGGAGCAAUUGCGUGGUCAUCCGAUGACUUGGCGACGAUAUCAUCGAUAUGCAGACAUCCUCCGGUAUUUGGAAUACUUACAGCACUCGCAUUCAGACUUAGUAGAGCUCAUACCACUUGGUGUAUCGUCAGAAGGACUACCACUAGUAGCAGUAAAGGUUUCAUUAUCUGUUAACGAUACUGCGAUAAAAGGAAAAGAGAAAAAGAAGUGGAAAUUACGGUCGCGUAUGAAACCUGCAGUUUGGGUGGACGGGGGCUCUCAUGCGCGAGAGUGGAUAGCGCCGGCCGUCGCUACAUGGAUGAUACACGCGCUCGUCGAAGGAGAGAAAGAUCUAGGAUCGGAGUACGACUUACUCAAACAAGCCGACUUCUACAUCAUGCCGGUGUUGAACCCGGAUGGUUACGAGCACUCUCACACUCACGACCGGCUCUGGAGGAAAACACGUUCACGACAGCCCGACCACUCCGAUGACUACUAUGUUGGAUGGUUUCCAUGGAACUGGGGUCAAACAGAGUGCGUGGGUGUUGAUGCAGACCGCAACUGGGAUUACCAUUGGAGUGAAAAGGACGCAUCUCUCGAUCCCUGCUCGGAAAACUACGCCGGACCACAUCCCUUCAGCGAGCCCGAGACGAGAGCCGUGUCGGAGUUUUUAUCCGAACAUAAAGGACACAUAAAGUUGUACCUGUCACUGCACGCGUACUCGCAAGCCUGGUUGGUGCCCAGCUCACACACACGCGAGUCGUUCGCGGACGAUGGCGUCCUCGUCGAGAUGGGCAAAUUGGCAACCGUUGCACUCGCGGACUUGUAUGGAACAAAAUAUCAGGUUGGCACAGCUGCUGAAAUACGACAGCCUGCUUCAGGGAUGUCGCAUGACUGGGCUAAAGCACGAGCUGGUAUCAAGUUUUCGUACCACGUGGACUUGCGAGAUUCCUUCGGACCCUAUGGUUUCCUGCUACCAGGCUCCCAAAUAGUAUCCACUGCUCGUGAGACCUGGCAAGCUGUCAAAGCAAUCGUAGACAACUUAUCCGUAGCUUAAAUCUUAAUGAAAAUUACAUUUAGAUAAAUUGAAAUUUUAUACGCCUCGCCAGUUGCUCAAUUAGAUAUUAAGUAGUUUAGAUAUUAGAAUACAAAAUUAUUUAUUUUCUUUAAAUUAUUAUUUAUUUUAUUGCCAUAACGAGUAUGUCGCAAAAAAGAUGGUACGAAUUGAUUAGGUCAUUCAUAAUUCACUAUUUUUAGUACCUACCUGCCUAACUAUGGGCAGAUUGAGGUUAAAAAAUCUAUCCGCUUGGGGCAAAGCAAGUACUUAGACCAUUUUCAAAGAUUUUUAUGCUUAGGUAGGUCUACAUAUUUGUCAACUUUACGAGUUUAGAUUUAAAAAAGAAUGAUGCAUUUAUUUAGUAAGUAGAUUAAACGCUCUUGUAGUGUACUAGUGGAUGUUUUAGACAGCACUUUUCUACGAUUUUAUUAUAUGUAUAGAUUUCUACACCCGACCUUACCUUUCUUCCCGUAUGUUUUUGUACUAAGUACACUUUAUAAGGAGUACAAGUCUACAGCACUAGUACCCAGUUACCUAGUAAUAAAAAGUGAUUCGAAGGUGAUACUGAUAGGAAUAGUGAAAUAAAAUCAACAAGUUGCUAUCAUAAGGUAAAGAAAAACAGUUUAACUACCGAACUCAGAGUCAUUUAAUGGUUACUUAACCCAGUCCUUAGCAAUUGUUUUCCAUACAAAAUCGUUAGGUACUAAGGAAUAGUGUUUAGUACCUAAUCAUUAAAUGUCUCUAAGAGCUGCAGUAAGAUAGUUAGGGGCGUGCCUACUUAUUUAGUGUACCUACCUAUCUAGAUAAAUGUAACAGGCAGGUAGUGGUGUAGACAGGCGUAGGCGAUGUGGUUAGUUAACCUCACAGGUGGCACGCGACAAGUUGCGAGUCGCGCGAACUUUGUGAUGCAACUUGGUUAAGAUAAUAUAUUUACUAUAUUCUAGCAAACCCGGCGAACUCCGUUUUGCCAGCAAUGACAAUUCCUGUUUUUCUUUUGAAAAAAAUCCUGAAUUAGGUAAUACCUACUCGCGGAGCCCGAGAUCUUUCCAACGAAUGCAAAACCGUGGAAAUCGGUUCGAGCGUUCUGGAGUUAUAGCGUCAGAAAGCAAAAACCGACUUAUUUUUAUAUUAUAAUAGAAGAUUAUUGAGCCACGCUUCACCACUGUGUAUUUUUUUUUUCUUACAAACUUGCAUAGGUUCUUUCGAAAUAACAUGUGACGUCACGUUUACAUUUUAAACUUAACUUCAUUUUAUCUAAAUAUUGUAAACCUGUAUGAUAAAAUAAAAAAAUACGUGUCGAUUAUUUUUUAAAUUAGGUACCUAACUAUACGACGAAUCAGCUUUUUAAGUUCCAUACCCUGUCUACUUUAUUGACUGCACGGUUGGCGCGGUGGCUGGGCAACUGGCUGCCGCGCAACGGGUAGCGGGUUCGAUUCCCGCACGGAGCAACUCUUUGUGUGAUCCACAAAUUGUUGUUUCGGGUCUGGGUGUCAUGUGCAUGUGAACUUGUAUGUUUGUAAACGCACCCACGACACAGGAGAAAAUCCUAAUGUGGGGCAACGUUUUUUAAAAAAAUAAAAAAAAAAUACUACCCUAUUUUAUAUUAUUAAAUCAGGCUAAGUAUUUUUCUACUGAAUAGGGUAGAUGACUAUUUUUUAUUUUCUUACAGAAACAAAUACUUUCGUGACGUCUUUUCUUAUAUGUAAAAAUAAAAAAAUACGUGUUUAAUA